GCAGACGAGUUACCAGAUAAUCCAAACUUGCUGACUAGGAAAUGCAAUUGCUUUUCGCGGAAAAAUUCCGCCUAUGCCAAGCCCGCAAUUGCACUUGCGAAUGACGGUUUUAAUGGUGAAAACACAAACGGGAUUUUUAACAAAGAAGAAGGUUCACAAAACAAUCCAGAAAUUAGGAUUUUAGAGUUAGAAAAACAAAUGUCUGUGGUUAAAAGAGAAAGAGACCAACUGAUAUUAGAAAAAGAAAAUACGAAAAAGUGGAUAAGGAAAAAAGCCGAAGAGGUUGAGAAAAAAAUGAAAGAAUAUGAGGAAGAAGCCAAGAAGAAAGGAAUCGAAGCCGAGGAAUUAAUGCAAAAAUUUGGUCGUGCAGUAAUAAAUGAAUGGAAUAAAGAUAGAGAUGAGAGGAAUCAUUUAUGA